AUGAAGAGGAGGGGUGACAAAAUAAUUUAUUUGUGGUGCGGUGAAAUCAUAAAAAAUAUUAAGAAGAAGAAAAUAACAAAAAAUUCUUUGAAAAAUAUAAAAAAUGAAGAUAUUUUUUCAAAAGAAGAAGAUAAUAAAGAAACAUCAUGCAUAGUAAAAUCUUCUUGUGUAGAUAAAAAAAAAAAAAAUUACUGUCCAAAUAAUAUGUGCCUUAUAAAUUAUAUCUAUAAGAAAUGCAGAUUGUUACAAAAAUAUUUAUAUUACAAAAUAUAUAUUUCUCAAAUCAAAAAUAAAAAAGUGAAACAAUUAAAAGCAUAUAUUAUAUACCUAGAGAUGGAUAUAAAUGGAACCAAAAAAAAAAAAGAAAAAAAAAAAAAUAUAAAUACUCAUAUCAAAACUAAUAUGUUUAAAAAGGUAUACAAUAUAGAUAUGAUAUUUACAAAAUUAUUAAUAUUAACUUUAUUUGAUACACAAUUAUUAAAGAUAUCUUUGAAAUUUUUUAACCAUUUAAUAGUAUCAAUUAUGAACGAAUUAUUAGAUGAAGGUUUUUUAUUAUCAGAAAAUGAUUAUAGUUUUAUAAAUAAGAGAAAUGAUAAGAUUUUACAAUUAAAUAAUACAAGUAGAGUUAAUUAUAAUAAGAAUAUUAUAUCUUAUAAUAAAAAAAAGUUAAUAUCUUGUCUUCAUAUUUAUAACAUAAUUAGAAAAUGUAAUAUUAAUAUAGAAAUAUAUUUUUGUAUGAUAUGUUGGAAUAAUAUAUUAUUUUGUAAAGAAUUUCUUUUUGAAGAUACCAUAAAUUAUUUCUUUAAAGAAGUUUUAAAUAAAUCAUAUGUGGCUUUAAAAUAUUUUAAAAUGGUUGUAAUGAAGUAUCAACAAUAUAAUAAAGAAAAAAAAACUGAAUAUACUUUUAGAGAUGACAAGAAUAUGUAUUAUAAUUAUUGCAUAAAAAUAUUAUUAAUUUAUUAUUAUUUAAGUGCAUAUAAUAUUAUUGAUAAUAAGUAUAUGGAUUUGUUAAGGGAAAUGUUACAAUUUCAGGACCCAUUAUUUGAAUCGUUGAUAUAUAAGAUAUAUAUGAAUUAUUAUAAAAUAGGAGAUAAAAAAAUAUAUAACAACAGCAACAAUAAUAAUAAUAAUAAUAAUAAUAAUAUAUUUUUGAAUUAUUUUAUUAAUAAAACAAAUGAACAUAUAAACAACGCAACAUUUAUAAAUUAUCCCCAUUUAAAUAACUACAUGGAUUAUUAUGACAAUAUAUUGGACAUUUAUUUAAAAGAGAAUAUAAAAGAUUUGGAAUAUAUAUAUAUAGACAAAUUUCCCCACAUUAUGAAUAUAUUAAAAAAUAAUAAAGUUGUAAGUUUUUAUAAACAUGUUGAAAAUAAAAUAUUAUAUCCAACCUUUAAUGUGAAAAGGAAAAAUAUUAUUGUAGAUAAUUUGUCAAAAGGUAGAUCAAAUUUUAUUAUAACAGACAGAUUAAAAUGUAUAUGUGAAUUAUUAAUAUUAAAUAUAUAUAACAAGAAAUCUAUUUUGUUGAUAGGAAAUUAUGGAUGUGGGAAAACGGGUCUCAUAAAUUAUAUAUAUGAAAAAAUAUAUGGAAAGAGAAAAGAAAAAGAAAAAGAAAAUAAUAUUAUAAGUGUAUAUUUAGAUGAUGUAUCAGAUUCUAAAUCUAUUUUAGGUGUAUGGGAAAGUAAUGAAAAAUGUUUUGAAUAUAAAUAUGGAAUAUUAUCUAAAGCAAUGAUUAAAGGAAAAUGGAUAGUAUUUGAAAAUAUUAAUAAUAUAUCUAAUAGUAUAAUAGAAAAACUGGAAGAAAUUAAUAGUAAAGGAUAUAUAUAUAUAUCAGAAAAGGGUGAGUAUAUAUAUCCACAUAAAGAUUUUCGUCUCUUUGCUACUAUAACGUUAGGUAAUACACAUCAAAACAGCAACAAUAAUAAUAUUAAUAAUAAUAAUAUUAUUAAUAAUAAUAAUAAUAAUGAAAAUGUUAAUGAUAAAAAAAAGGAUAAAUUCAACCAUUUGGAAUAUAAUUUCAUAGAUAAUAUAAAUAUAUAUGAUAAUCUUACAAAUCAGACACAAUAUAAUCAAACCUAUAAUUCCCAUACGAUCCAUCAAAACCUUUUUGAUAUUUAUCAUGGUGUUAGAAAAAAAGAAGAUAUUGAAAAUAUUAUUCAUAUGAACUAUAGACCAAAAUAUUUAGGAGAAUUAUUCAACAAAUGGCAUUCUAUAUAUAUAGGAAAUUAUAAUAACAAAGAAAUAAAAGAAAUCUUAUUUAAAAAAUUAUAUCAUGUUAAUGAUAAUUAUAAAAAAAUUAUUUUUAAUUGUUUUAAUAUCAUAAAAAUAAUAUUAGAUAAAUAUCAUAUAUUAAGAAAUAUGAAUCUUCAUGAUUUAAUUAAAAUAAUUAAAAGAAUAAAUAAAAAAAAAAUAUUUAUAUAUGAAAAUGAAAAAACAAAAUUAAUAUUAUUUCAAACAAUUAAAUCAAUAUUAAUAUGUCAUAUACCUAUUCAAUCUUUAAGAAAUUAUUUCAUAUCCAUUCUAAGUAACAUAUUUCAAUUGAAUAAUAAUAUUAUUAUCAAACAUUUAAAAUCAUAUUCUGUUGAUAAAUUUAUAAAACAGUUUAAUGAAACAUUAAAAAAUAAAUAUCAAAAAAUAUCUAUAAAUAUUGAAAAAAUAUAUAAUUAUUCUUUCUUAUUAACAUCUGUUCAUAAAUCCAUUCUAUAUGAUAUAAUUGAAGCAGUUUAUAAUAAGGAACCUAUAUUGUUAAUUGGAGAUACAGGUGUAGGAAAAACAGCUUUGAUAGAUUAUGUUGCUAAAAUAUUUCAAAAAAAAUUAUAUGUUUUUGUAUUUAGUGAAAUGGCAGAGGCAUCUGAUUUAAUAGGAAAUUAUUAUCCAUUUAAUAUUAGUGUAAAAACGAAUGAAAUCUUUGAGAAUAUGAAACGUUUAAAUAAACAAAUUAUUGAUAUAUUGUCUAUAAAAGAAAUUGAAGUAUUCUAUAUUAAAUUAAGAAUUUUAUUGAGUGAAAAAAAAUUUAUUACUUUCUUAAAUACAUGUUAUAAUUUUUCUAAUGCAUUAAUACAAAAUGUUAAACAAAAUGUUCAAUCUUUUGAUAUGAAAAUUAUUAGGAGGUAUAAGAAAUUUAUGAAUACAUGUAAGAGAAUUCGAGAUUUUUGGUGUGAUAAUAAUACAUCAGUUAAAGGCAAAAAUUUUACUUUACCCUAUGAUUAUAAAAGGUUAAUGUGUGUUGAUAAAAAUAUAAAUGAAGAAAAUCAUUUGUAUGUUUUACAAGAUGAAGAAGAAAGUAAUAUCCAGAUGAACGAAUUAAUUUUUAAAUUCCAUGAUGGAAUAUUAAUUGAUUGUAUAAAGAAUGGACAUUGGAUAUUAUUAGAUGAAAUAAAUUUAGCUCAAACUGAAAUAUUACAAAGAUUACAAGGUCUUUUAGAUAGUUCUAAUAAAUAUUUUGAUGUUGUUGAAAAAGGAAAUGAACAAAUAAAAGUACAUAAAAAUUUUCGACUGUUUGCAUGUAUGAAUCCACCAAUUAUACCUAAUAUAAAAAUGAAGAAGGAUAUAAAUAUUGUAAAAGAAGAUUUAAAUUAUAACAAAGAUAUUAUAAAUAUAAAUAAUAAUAUUAAUAAUAAUAAUAAUAAUAAUAAUAUGUCUUUAUGUGAUAAUAAUUGUAAUUAUAAAAUGCUUAAAAAAUUUGAUUUUCAAAAUGAUAUUGAUUUAUAUAAUAGUACUAUUUCUUCUGGAAAAAAAGAUUUAGCACCUAUCAUUAGAAAUAAAUUUACAGAAAUAUUUGUUGAUGAAAUUUUAGAAUAUAAUGAUAUUCAUAUGAUAGUUAAAGAUCUUUUAAAAAAUACUACAAGUGAUAAUACAUUAAUAGGAAAUAUAACAAAUUGUUAUUUAGAAAUCAAAAAAAAAAGUUUAAACAAUGUCUUCAACACAGAAAAUAAACCUAUAUCUUUUUCUACAAGAAAUUUAGUAAGGGCAAUUAAAUAUGCCAUAUAUGUUAAUAAAAGAAAAUUUAAACCAUUACAAUUACAAAAUGCUGUUAGAAAUGGAUUUAUCUGUAAUUUUAUGAGUUCUCUUAAUUAUGAUAAUCAAAAAUUAGUAGAAAAUAUAUUUAAAAAAUAUUUCAAAUAUUCCUAUGAAAAGGAUAAUAUUGGUCUUCUAAAUAAUAACAAAAAUGAUUUAUAUAACAAAUAUAAUAAUAAUAUGAAUCAUAACAAUUUGAAUUCUAUGUGUAUUCAAAAAGAUGGUAUAAUAAAUUAUGAUAUUCUUGAUUAUUACUAUGAAUAUAAAUAUUACAAUAAAAAGAAAGAACAAGAAGUAGAAGAAAUAGAAAAAGAUGUAAAUAUACAAUCUUUAUCAAAUAAUAAAAUUAAUCAUCAUCCAAAUAUAAAUAAUAAGACAAAUGGAUAUCUUUCUAAUAAGGAGAAUAUGAAGUUACCAUCUGUAAAUAUAAAUAAUAAAGACAUUGAAAAAUAUGCGUGCAUAGAAAAUAGCUGGAUAUUAUGUGGUAAUGAAGAAAUAAAUUUAAAAAAGAUUCUAUCCAAUUUUAUUAUUACAAAAAAUGUAAAGGAAAAUAUAAAAAAAUUAGCUUUAUGCUUAAGUAGUAUAAGAACACCUAUAUUGUUAGAAGGAAAUACAUCAGUAGGAAAAACGUCACUUGUGAAAUUUUUUGCUGACAUAACAGGUCAUAAAUUUAUAAGAAUUAAUAAUCAUAUGAAUACAGAUAUUAGUGAAUAUUUUGGUCAAUUUAUUAAUGAUAAAAAAAGUGGUAAUUUAAUAUUUGAAGAAGGUGUGUUUGUCAAAGCAGUUAGAUAUGGUCAUUGGGUUGUAUUAGAUGAAUUAAAUUUAGCACCUUCAGAAGUUUUAGAAUCUUUAAACAGAAUAUUAGAUGAUAAUAAAGAAUUAUAUAUACCAGAAUUAAAAUGUUAUGUGAAAGCACAUAAAGAUUUUAUGUUAUUUGCUACACAGAAUCCUCCUAAUAAUAAUAGUUAUUUAGGAAGAAAAGAAUUAUCGAAGGCGUUUCGAAGUCGUUUUAUUGAAUUUCAGAUUAAUGAUUUUGAUAUAGAAGAAUUAGAAAUUAUAUUACAUAGAAGAUGUGCUAUAUCUCCUAAUAUAUCGAAAAAAAUGAUUCAUGUUUAUAGAGAUUUAAAAAAUAUAAAAUCGAAUUAUAAUUAUUUUAAUGAUAAUAUAAUGACAUUGAGAGAUCUAAUUAAGUGGGGGAAUAGGUAUCCAAAUAAUAAUAUGGAAGCUUGUUUAAAUGGUUAUUUUAUUAUUGCUGAAAAAUUGAGGAAUAAUAAAGACAAAGAAUCUGUCAACAAAAUUUUGGCUAAAUAUUUCUUACCAAAAGGAGAAGAAUUAAAAAUUGAUUAUGAAAAUGAUUCUGACGUAAGAUUAUUAAAGGAUGCAUUUUUUAAAAAGAUACAACAAAUGGCAAAUAAUAAAAAGAAAAACAAAAAUGAAGGGAAACAAAAAAAUGAUCAUUUUAAUACAAUUGACAUUAAUAUAAUAAGUAGUAAUAAUAAAAAUAAAAAUAAUAUUAAUGGUAAUAAUAAUAAUAAUAAUAAUAAUAAUACUAAUAGUAGUAGUAAUAAAUUUUUGGUGGAUUAUAAAAAUAAGAAUAUUUUUAAAAAGAAAAAAAAAAAAAAUUUGGAUGAUAUACAAAGAUAUGAAUAUUUAAAAUAUAUGCAUUUUGGAAAAACUACUAGUAGACUUAUUUGUUUAUUAUUAAAAUGUUUUAAAUAUAAAGAAUCAGCUUUACUAAUUGGAGAAACAGGAUGUGGGAAAACUACAUGUUGUGAAUUAUUAAGUUUUAUUAAAAACAUAAAAUUAAAUAUUUUAAAUUGUAAUGAAAGUACUGAUAUAUAUGAUAUGAUAGGUAGUUUAAAAUUUGUAAAAAAUACUAAAGAAAAUGUCGAAAAUUUAAAAAAAAAUUGUAUUGAAUUAUAUAAUAUGAUAAAUGAAAAUUAUGAAAUUGAUAAUUAUGCAUCAACUUAUUUAAGUGCUAUUAUAUAUGAUCAAAUUUCAGAUAUAAAAAAAGAAGACUUUUUAGUAUUCACAUUAUAUAUACAAAAAAAAUAUAAUAUAAAUAAUAAUAUACAAUCUAAAUUAUAUAAAAUAGAAAGAUGUAUAAAUAAUUUAAAAUCAUUAUUUACAUGGUAUGAUGGUGUAUUAGUUUCAUCAUUAAAAAAAGGUCAUAUCUUCUUAAUGGAUGAAAUAUCAUUAGUAGAAUCUUCAGUUAUAGAAAGAUUAAAUUCAGUACUUGAAUAUGAAAGAACUUUAUUAUUAACAGAAAAAGGAGGCAAGCAUGUAAAAUAUAUAAAAGCUCAUGAUAAUUUCUAUUUUAUUGGUACUAUGAAUCCAUCAGGAGAUUUUGGAAAAAAAGAAAUCUCACAUACUUUAAAAAGUAGAUUCACAGAAAUUUAUGUAGAUUCAUUUGAACCACACACUGAAGAUUAUUAUUUUUUAAUAAAAAAUCAAAUAAAAUUUACAAAAAAGGAAAAUAUUAAAUGUGUGAUAGCAAAACAGUUGUGUAGAUUAUUUGAUCAAGUGUGUAAAAAGGCUCAUCCAGAUACAAAUAAAGAAAAUAACAACAAUAAUAAUGAUGAUAAUAAUAAUGAUAAUAAUAAUAAUAAUAAUGGUGGUGAUGAUGAUGAUAAUAAUAAUAAUAAUAAUAAUAAUGGUGGUGAUAGUAAUAAUAAUUGGGGUGGAUAUAAAUCUGUGAGAACCCAUCUUGUGCUAUCUAUUAGAGAUGCUAUCAAAUGGAUAAACUUUAUGAAUACUUAUAUUAAUAAUAAAAAAAACACAUACAAAAACAAAACAAAGGUGAAUAUAAAAAGAAAUAUUAAACAUGAUAGUAUUAAUGUAAAACAAAAAUGUUCCUUUCCAAUGAAGAGACUUAAAUUUUAUUGUUUACGUAGCUUUUAUCAUAGCGGAUGUCUAAUAUUAAUUGAUAGUAAUGAAAAUGUUAUGAAAAAUAAUGAUUUAUUAAAAAAUAUAUUACUAGAAUAUUUAGAAGAAUUGAGAAUAUCUAUUAAAUAUAAUGUGUCAAGAUUAGUUGAAGAAAAAAAGAAUAAUACAAAUAUAUUAAGAAAAAUGAAAUAUUUCAAUGAAACACUUUAUUUCAAGUUUAAAAAAAAAUAUUUAAGAAUUAAUGAUUUUUAUAUAACCUUUAUGAAAAAAUUGAAAUGUGAUAUAAAUACAUUUUCUAAAAAUUCAAAUUUUGUAUUUGAUACACCUAAUAUUAAACAGAAUCUUUAUAAAAUUGUUAGAGCCAUGCAAUUACCUAAUGCUAUUUUAUUAGAAGGUUCUCCAGGUGUUGGAAAAACAUGCAUAAUUGAUAUACUAGCCAAAAUUACAAAUAAUAAAUUAAUACGUAUAAAUUUAUCUGAGUGUACAGAUAUUUAUGAUUUCAUUGGUUCUUACUUUCCAAUAAAAGACAAAAAAGAUAACACAUCAUAUGAAUAUGAAAAAAAUGAUACUUGUGGUGAUAAUUUAUAUAAUUUAAAUCCACAUAAUAAUUCUGAUAACAUGAUUGAUAAGAAAAAUAAAAGCUUUCAAUAUGCUUGGGAAGAUGGAAAAUUAAUCGAUUGUAUGAAGAAAGGAUAUUGGAUUCUUAUUGAUGAAAUAAAUUUAGCUAACCAACAAACAUUGGAAGGAUUGAAUUCCAUUUUAGAUCACAGAAAAGAAAUUUAUAUACCUGAAAAAAAUGAAGUUGUAAAAUGUCAUAAAAAUUUCAGAUUAUUUUGUUGUCAAAAUCCAUAUAAAGAAGGAGGAGGAAGAAAAGGGUUACCUAAAUCAUUUUUAAAUAGAUUUUCAAAAAUAUAUUUUGAAGAUUUAGAUGAUUAUGAUUAUUUUUGCAUAGUAGAAAAAUUAUAUGGUGAUAUAAUAUCAGUUGACUUAAUUAAGAAAAUUAUAAAAAUUAUAUUUACUAUAAAAAAAAUAAACUUUUUAUUAAAUCAUAGUGAAGGAUGGGUAUGGAAUUUAAGAGAUAUAUUAAGAAUUUGUAAAGUUCUUAAAUAUGUAAACACAAAGAAAAAUUUCGUUAUCAUUUGUGAUAUGAUAAUUUGUAAUAGAUUAGUAUGUAAAGAAGAUAAAUAUAUAAUCAGAAGUAUAAUAGUAAAUAUAUAUAAAGAUAAUGAAUAUUUUAUUGAAAAUAUUAUAUCGAUUUUAUUAAAUAAUAUAUCAUAUAAAAGUGAUACUAAAAUGAGUUUAAAAGAAAAAAUAAUUCAUUUUAUUAAUUCGAAUGAUCAAAACAAUAUGUGGAAAAAUUACAUAUCUAUGGAUCUACAAAUUGAAAAAAAUGAAGAAAUUGUUGACAUAAAAAGAGAUGGAAACAAAAAUGAAAAUAAAAAAAAAAAAUAUACAUAUGAUAAUUAUUUUUCUUCUUAUUAUAAUAAUUUAUGUUCAUAUAACAAUUUGCAUAAUUCCAAGUCAUCAUUUAUUUUGUGUAAAGAUGAAAAGAUUUAUUUCUCUUUCCUAUCAGCAAUACGUUUAAAUAUGCCUAUAUUAUUAAAUGGAAAAAAUAAUUCUGGAAAAUCAUCUUUUAUACAUAAUAUAUCUCAUCGAUUUAAUAAAAAAUUAUUUGAAUUUUCUUUAACUGAUGAUAUAGACACAUUUGAUUUGUUUGGAUCGUAUGAACAUAACAGUAAGGAUAAUUUUAUUAAUAAAUUUAUGAAUAAAAUAAAAAAAUUAAAUAAAAUUAUCAUAAAAAGAUUAAUAAAAAGGAAAAAUAUCCAAAAAAAAAAUCUAUACAAUCUAAUAAAACAUUUUUGUUUUAAAAAUGAAGAUACUCAAAAUGUUCAUAAGAAUAAAUUAUAUAUAUUUUUAAAAGAAUAUAAUAAAGAACCUUUUAAAAAUAAAUACCAUAAGCUUUUCAUUUUAUACAUAAUAAACAAAUUAGAUGUCUUAUCUAUACAAUAUAUAGAUUGUUUAAAGAAUGAAGAAAUGAAAAAUAAAUUGGAAGAUAUACAAAAGAAUUAUUUAGAAUCUAUACAAAUAUGUAAUAAAUAUAUUAUAGGUAAUAAGAAUAUAAUAAUAAAGAAAAGGAUUAAGCAUAUUAUAUCGAAUAUAUUAUAUAUAUCUAAAUUAAUAAGAACUAAUCAAAUAAAUGAAAAUGUUUAUGUUUUUAAAGAAAGUAAUUUUAUUAAAGCAAUAAAAAAAGGUCAUUGGAUUUUAAUAAAACAUUUACAUUAUUCAACACCAUCCUUAUUGGAUAGAUUAAAUAGUUUGUUUGAAGAAAAUGGAUAUAUAUUACUACAUGAAUUUGGAAAGAAAAAAAAAAUUCGUCCUCACAAAAAUUUUCAAAUAUUUUUAACCUUGAGUUCUGAAGAGCACUACAAAAUUAGUAAGGCCCUAAGAAAUAGAUGUUUUGAAAUAUUUUUUGAUAAUAAUAAUAUGGAAUAUAUUGAUGGGCACUGCAUGCAGGUAUAUAAGAGUGAUAAACAAAAUGUUUCCUCUUCACCCACUGCAAGAUAUAAUGAUAAUAUGGAUAAUAAGAAUGAUAUUAAUAAUAAUAAUGAUAUUAAUAAUAAGAAUGGUAUUAAUAAUAAUAAUGAUAUUAACAUUAAUAUUAAUAUUAAUAUUAAUGGUAGUUAUAAUUCUCAUUUCCAUUUUGAUAAUAUUUAUCAUCCUAUUCAUGGUGAGGACAAUAAAUGUAAUAGCUUAAAUGUCCAUAAUAAUAAUAUAAAGAUAUAUGAAUCAACAUUGUGUUUUUAUCCUUAUAUAAACAUUAAUAAUAAAGAAAAUGUAAAUGUAACUAAAAAUUAUUAUAACUACAAGUGUAACUCAUCAGACAACUUAUUGUUCGAUUUAAUAAAUAUUAAUUUUAAUGAAGAUAAUUCACAGAAUAUGCAGAAUAAGAGACAAAAUAAUUUUUCAUUCCAUGAUAAUAUAUUUGAUAUUAUUAAAGAGGACAAUAUAUUUUUUUACAUUAUAAAUAAUUUUUUGAAGAAUGUUAAAAAAAUCUUAAAAAAAAAAAAAAAUGAUAUACAUAUAAAAAAUAUUAAUAAAUUUGUUAAGUUUUUUUUUUAUGAUGAAGAUAAAAAAACAAAGAAUAUACAACAAGGUAGUAACAUAAAAAUUAAUAAUAUUAAAAUGUUAGAUUAUAUAAAUUAUUGUUAUAAUUCUUUUUGUAAACAAUAUAGUAUUACAUAUAAUAAUGUAGAUAUAAUAUAUUUCUCAAUUAUCAUAUCUGUAUUUACAUAUAUAGUAGAAUAUAUGUUUGAUGAAAGCAUACUAAAUAGAAGAAAAAAUAAAAUCAACAUGAAAAUAAAAAAAAAUGAUAAUGAACAUAUAAAUAAUAAUAAUAAUAUAUAUGAAAAGAAAAUAAAAAAGGUAGAUAUUAUAAAUUCUUUUUAUGACAACAAAACAAUAAAUAAUUCUUUUUAUAUUAAUUUAAAUAAAUUAUUAAGUAACAAAUUUAAUAAUAACUUUUAUUGUAUAGAUAAUUAUAUAAAAAUAAUUUGUACUCAUUUUUUAAGAGUUGAAAAUAGGAAACAAAAUAUAAACAAUUAUAAUUUAAAAAAAUAUUUAUAUCUCUUCUCACAAUAUUUUAUAUAUUUUUAUUGUCACUUAUUUGCUAAUAUAACUCAAGACAUGCAAAUAUUAUUCUAUCCAUUUUUUUAUUUCUUAAAUAAUAUGAUAAUUAUAACAAUAUAUAAAAUGAAGAAAAAACAAAACAGAUGUUAUACAAAAGAAAAAAGUAAAAUGAAAAAUAAAAUAAAUAAUAAUAAAAUAAAUAAUAAUAAUAUGUUAUUAAACAGUUUAAUAGAUAAAUAUAUAAAUAAUAAUAAUAAUAAUAAUCAUGUGUAUGCUCAUAAAUUAUCUCCCAAUGUUUUGAAUUCCUUUUAUUUACACAUUUUUAUUAAAUACAUCUAUUAUUAUAACAAUAUGUAUACAAAGAAUACAAGAUUCUUUUUGAAUAAUAAAAAUGCUGGAGAUGAAAAUAUUUUAUUUGUAGAUCCUAAAAUACAUCUUGAUAAUAAUAUAUUAAAAGAAAUUUCUUUAAUCAGUACUUUCUAUGACUUAAUAUUAAACAAAUUUUUUUGUUUUUUAAUAUGUAGUUUUCUAGAAAGAUUUUCUUUAUAUGAUAUUUUUUAUAGAUAUCAAUAUUUAUUAACUAUGAAGAAUAAAAUAUAUUUGAGAAGAAUUAAAAAAAAUGAAGAAAAACAAAAUGGUUCCUUUGAAUAUAACAAUUAUAUAUUAUAUGAUAAAGAAAUGGAAACAUAUUUAGAUUUUAUUACAAAUAAUAUAAUAUGUAAGAAGCUGGAUUAUUUUUAUAUAAUAAGCAAAUAUAUAUAUAAUAAUGUGAUAAAAAAUAAGAUAACAAAUAAGAAAUUAUAUGAUCUACAUUAUUUAUAUUUUAUUAAUCCAAUAAUUGAAAUGACAAAAUAUAUUACAACAAAUGAAACGAUAGAUGUAUACUUUUAUUACUUUUUUGAAUUUGUCAAGUCUUUUUUCAAAUUUAAUUUUAGUUACCUUUAUUAUAAGAAAAGAGAUUAUUACAAUAAAGAAAAUAAAAUCAACACACAUGGUAAUAAUAAUAAUAAUCAUAAUAAUAAUAAUAAUAACAGUUAUAAUUUUAAGGAGAAUCAAUUUGAUAUAUUUAAAGCUAAGAAAGAAAAGAAAACAGAAGAAGAAUGUGACAUAUUUCAUUGUCUAAAUAAAUUUGUAGUAUCAUUAGAACGUUUAUUAUUUGAGAGCAUACAAAAGAAUGAUAAUAAUAAAAAGAGAAAUAGAAAAAAAUGCAAUAAAAAAAAUAUUUCUAAGAAAACCUUUUUCUUCUCUUAUUAUAUUUUUCUUUACAUAUAUACAUUCGAAACGAUUUGUAAUUUUAAUUAUGAUACAAUAUAUAAUAAAAUAAUAUUUAUAAGUGAUACUAUUAAAUACUUGUUAAAAAUAACAAAUAAAAAAAAUAAAAUAUUAUUAAAAUAUAUUCAAAAGGCAAAAUGGAUAGUUCAAAAUAAUUAUAGAGUAUUAAAUAAAAAAUUAAUUUAUAACAUAAAAAAUUUAGAAUAUGACAUACAAAAUAAUAAUAAUAAUAAAAAUAAUAAAAAUAAUAAUUAUUAUUAUAUGGACAAAUCAUUUAAUAAAGAAAGUGUGUUAUUAAAUAUAUUUUCAAAAAAAAACAUGGAUGAAAAAAUAAAUAAAAUAUAUAAAAUAUAUAAUAUAUAUAAUAUUUUUGAUAAUGUAAAGAAUAUAUAUUUUUAUAAUAAAUGGAUACAAAAUAUAUUUCAAGUUAUAAAUAAUAUAUAUAUAAGUUAUUUUAUAUAUAUAAGAAAUGAAUAUAAUUAUAGACAUGUUUUAUUAAAUAAUGAUUACACAGAUAUAUUACAAACAUGUUGUGAUACUAUAACAAAUAAGAAUAACAAAUUAAAUGAAAAUAAUAUUAUUACAAAUGAUAAUAUCGAAAUAUUUCUUAUACAACUCAAAUAUUUUACAUAUACAUUAAAUUUUUUACAUAUACAAGAAAAUUUUAAAAAAAAAAUUAAUUAUAUAGAAAAUAUUAUAACAAGUUAUUUUAUAAAGAAUAAUAAAUAUAUACAAAAUAUUUUUCAAAUAAAUGUAUUAAAAAAUAAACAAGUAUAUCUAAAUAAUAAAAAUAAUAUUAUUCAAUAUGAGCAAUUAUUAUAUCCCACAAAUAAUAAUAAUAAUAAUAAUAAUAAUAAUAGUAGUAGUAGUAACAAUUUUGAUAUAUGUGAUUAUAAACAUAAUAUUUUAUUAUUCUAUUAUGAAUAUAUUUUAUAUAAUAUAAAUUUAAAAUAUAUAUAUAAUGCUUAUCUUUAUUUAAGUGGUGUCUAUAUAUAUUUGCAUUAUGAACAUAAUAAGAAAAAAGUUGGGGUGGAAAAUAUAAAAAAAUAUUCAAAUAUAUUAAUAAAUUGUUCCUAUCAAAAGAAUGAUUUAAACAAAAUUUUUUUUUGUUCAAUAAAUGAUAAUAAUAAUAAUAAUAAUAAUAAUAAUAUUAAUAUUAAUAAUAAUUAUAAUAUUUAUAAUAAUAUGUUGAUUAACUUAUCUACUACAUAUGAACAGAUUAGAUGUACUAUAAAAAACACAUAUGAAUAUCUAAACAAUAUAGAUAAUACCAUAUUUAUCUUUGAACCCAAAAUAGAUAUAUUAAGUUUCUUGAAAGAACGUUAUGAUAUGUUAGAAUAUGUGUAUACAAAUAUUUAUAAGAAUGAAGAAGAUACUCAAGAAAUAUAUUUAAUAAACACAUUGUUUGUAAUUAUUGAAGAAUUAUUGUAUUUGUUUUAUUGUAUAUUGAUGAAUAUAUAUAUGAUAAGAGAUAAACGUUAUGAAUAUUAUUUUAAAGAUAACAACAAUAAUAAUAUUAAUACUAAUUUAUUUGUUGAAGAUAAAACACAAAAUAAUAAUUAUUUGUUAAAACCAAAAGAAAAUAAUUAUGAAGAACUAAAUAAUAUACAUAUUUCUGUACCUAAAGAAUGUGAUGAAAUGUCAAAUGUUGUUACAUAUGAAGAAUAUUGUAUUUUUAAAAAUAUUUAUGUAAAUAAAAAUAUUAAUGAUAUAUAUAUAAGUAUGGAUGAAAAUUAUUCUUAUAUUAACACAUCUUUAUAUAACAAGACAACAAUAUUAGAUUCAUUUAUAAAUAUGUAUAAACAAAUUAACGAAAAAUCUAAAAAUAAAAAAGGUGCAAUUACUUUAUUACAUUUAAAUGCUACUCAUUUAAUAUUUCAGAAUUUAAAACAAAAUUAUUAUCAUUAUUUAAUAAAUUAUCCAUAUACAAAUUAUAAUAAUUCAAUAUCAAAUGAAGAAGAAAAGCAAAAUAUUAUGUAUACAUAUGAUAGUGCAUUUACAAAAUGUUCUAAUGAAAAUAUUUUGUGUCAUUAUUUUGCUUAUCAUGUGUUUAUUAUUUUUUCUAAUAUCAUGCAGAGUUAUCAUGCCUAUAAAUUUGAUCAAUACAAAUAUGGAAUCGAAAAAGCAAUACAAUUUAACAAAAAAAAAAAAAAUGAUAUCAACAAAAAAAAUGAUAUUAACAAUAUAAAUAAUAAUAGUUAUCAUCAUUGUAGUAGUAGCUCUAGUUGUAAUAAUAUGUCUUAUUUUUACGUUUUUUAUAAAUUUUUUCAAAUAUAUCAAAUAAUAAUGUAUAAGAAAGAAGCCUCUACAGAUAUACUUUCCUUUUUAUUGUGUCUAUAUGAUUAUUUUCAUAAUGAACAAAAAGAAAAUAAACAAUAUGGUUAUAAUCAAAAUGAUGGGCUUGAAUAUAUUCUUGUUUUUAUUUUUUUAUUAUAUAAUAUUAUACAGAUUAAUAUAGAAAAAAAUAGUAAGUCAACAAAUAAUAGUAAUAAUAAUAGUAAUAAUAAUAAUUGUAAUUAUCGUGAUAAUUUGCAAUAUGAUCAAUUGUCAUCAGAAGAAAGUACUAAAAAUAUGAAUGAUAUAAAAAAGAUUAUUAAUAAUGACAAAGAAAAUUAUUGGAAUGAUAUAAUAAAUGUGCUUUUUUUAGAAAAUAGAAAUUUAAAUAAUCUUAUUAUUUUUUAUAAACAUGAUGAAUAUUUUAUUUAUUAUAUUGGUUGUAUGUAUAUAUCUCAUUAUUUCUUAAAUAUAGUUUGUUCACAAAUAAGAAAACAAGUUAAAGAUAUUUUUAAAAAAAAAGGUAUGAAAAAAUAUUUUAAAGAGGUCAUAAAUUCAAUAGAUGAAGAAAUAUAUAUGAAUUCUCAUCUUAAUAAUUUAUAUAUAGAUAAAAUUGAUUUGUCUGAGUCAUAUUCUUUGAAUCACAAUAAUUAUAAUUUGAAAAAGAAGAAAUGUAUAAAAAAUAAAAUAAAUAAUUUGCAAAGAGAUAUACCAUUAUUUCCUAAUAUCUUGAAAAAUAUAUCUAAAAGAAAAAAAAAAAAAUUGUUUAAAAUAUUAAAUAUAAAUGUUAACAAGAACAAUGAUAAUAUUAAUAAUACAUAUAUUGAUCAUAAUAGUAAUAAUUUUGAGUGUAUUGAUUAUAUAAAAAAUUAUAUAUAUAAAAAUAACAGUAUGGACGUAGAAGUUUUAUAUAUAAAUUUAAAGACAGAUUUUAAGAAUUUUAUGAAAAAUGUUUUAUCAUAUCACAAUUUAAAAUGUAUACUAGAACGUAUAAUAUCAAAUAAUAGUAGUAGUAGUAGUAGUAAUAAUAUUAAUAAUACUUGUGGUUAUUUUAAUUUCUCACCACAGUAUAUUCACUAUUCUAUUAUAAAUGCUUGCAUUAGUUUCAUUCAUCAUAUAAAAGAAAAGUAUGGACUUAUAUUAAAAUUUACACAUGCUAUUAUCUACUCUUUAAAUGUAUUUAUUCAUAGUACUCAUAAUAUAAACUUUUCAAUAUAUCAAAUGAGAAAUAAUGAAAAAAAUCGAAUGUUUCAUAUUAAUAGAAGUGUAGGUGAAGAAAAUAAUUUAUGUGAUGGAAUAUACAAAUAUAUAGAAUUCCCUUUGAAUUUUAAUAAAAUAAUAAAUCACAAAAGAGAAGACAUCAACAACAUUAUUAAUAAUAAUGAGGUAGAUAAUAAUAAUAAUAAUAAUAAUAAGGUAGAUAAUAAUAUUAUAAUGCAGAAGAAUAAACAUAAUUCCUUAUAUGAAUUAACCUAUUGCGAAUUUGUUAUUAGAAUUUUAAAAAACCCAAAAAGUAUUAUCAAAGAAUAUGAUAUGAAUAAUUUAUUAAAUUGUCUUAAAUAUUUUUGUAAGAAUAUUAUUCUCUUUAAUGAAAUAGAUGAAGCAAAUGAUAUGAAUGAAUUUUUUAAAAUCGAACAGUUUAAAAAUAAGAACCUUAAAAAUAAAUUAGAUUAUAUCGAAGAUAAAGAAAAUGAAAAUUUAAAUAAAAAUAUUGAGAAAGAAUUAGAUAAUAUUUUUUAUUCACAAAUUUAUUUAUAUAAAAAUGAAGAUGAUGAUGUACAUAUCUCGAAUAUAAAAUCAAAUAAUAAUCUGAAUGAAAAAUAUAUGAUAGAUAUAGAAGAUCAUAAUUGUAAUUAUAGUGAUGGUAAUAAUUAUUAUGAUGAAACAAAAUAUAUUAAUUGUAUAAAUGAAAAUAAUGAUUCUAAUACACAAGAUUGUGAUAAAUUACAAGCUGAUGAUCAUACACAUGCAGAUAAUAAAAACAAGAUAUAUAUCCAAAAUAAAUGUAAUAAUAAUGAUGAUAUAAAUAAUAAUUCAUUGAGUGUAGAAGAAAGUAAAGAAAAAAUAAAUGAAGAAUUAUUUAAUAAAAUUAUAUACAAACUUGUAAAACUUUUUAAAAGAAAUAUUAAAGAAAAUAAAAAUAAUAAAAAUUAUAAUAUUAAAAAUUAUAAUAAUUCUAGUGAAUAUAUAAAAAAAAAAAAAACACAUAUUGAUAGAAUACAAAAAAAUAUUAAUCAUUUAUUUGAAAUGAUUAUUUAUAAUAUAAACAACAGUAAAGACAAAUUGGAUGGUUUGAUAUUAAAUAAUAAAAAUGAAAAUAAUAAUUUACAUAUGUUGUUAAAAAAAGGAAAUGAAGAAAAUAAAUUUUUAAUAUUUACAUUAAAUAUAUUAAAUUAUUAUAAUGAUUUUACAAAUUAUAAUGAUGAAGAAUUUGAAAAUUUUAAAAAAGAUAUAUCAGAAUUUUUAUUAAAAAAUAAAAAAAGAAACCAUGCUUAUAUAAAUAAAUAUAUGAAUUUAUUAGAAUAUAAAAAUAAUAUAGAGAAUUAUAUUUUUAGUGCUCUCAAACAUUUAUGUAUAUAUCUUAAUAAUAUAAAAAAUAAUUUUUUAUCUAUAUAUAAUAAUAAUAAUAAUUAUAAAAUUCUUAAUAUUAUAAAUUCGAUAGAUAGCAUUUUAAAUAUUCCACUUAGAUAUGUAAAGAAUGAAAUUGAAAAGAUAAUUUCAAAGUUAGAAAAUAUUAUUACAUUAAUCAAUUCACUCAAAAAAGAUAAUUUCUUAAAUUUUGAUGAAGAUACAAUGAAUAAAUUAAAAGAUAUAAUGAAAAAUAAUAUUGUAGAAAAUUUUUUAGUAUAUACUAUAUAUUUUAGGUUGUUAAAAUUUAAACAAAUAAAAAAUAUUAGAAAAAAGUUAUAUCAAAAAAUUGUAAAGAAUAAGACAUUACGUUUGUUUGCUUAUUUGUUUUAUUUAUGUUAUGAGGAUGAUAAAAAUGAAAAUGUGAAAAUAAAUGAUUAUAAGAAAAAAGUGGAAGCUGAUAAGAUGGAGGAGGACCAUAAUAAAAACAAUACAACAGAUAGGUGUAUUCAAAAAUGUGAUAAUAAUGAUUAUUUUAAUGAUAAUUAUGAUAAUUUUAGUGGUGAUAUAAUUUUUCAGAUGAACAGUUGUCUAAUUGACUAUUCAAGAUAUAAUAUUAUUAAAAAAGAAGAAGAGAAUAAUAAAACAUUUCCUAUGAGUGAUAUGUUUAAAUUAAAAAUUAUAAAAACAUUCGAAUGCAUAAUUAUAUUUUUAAGAGAUUCAAUGAUAGGAGAAUUCCCUAUACGUUUAAAUCUUAUAUAUUUCAUAUCUGUAAUUUUUAAGAAUUCAUUAAAUAUGAAUGAACGUAUUAUGAGUAAUGUUUUUUUUUAUGUAUAUAAUUAUAUGUAUAUUUAUUUACCUUUAAUAAGAAAAAAAAUCCGUAUGUCAAAAAAUUAUUUUGAUUUACAGUUAAAAAAAUCAUUACAAAAAAUUAAUUUUGAUCUUAUAGAUAUAGAUUCUUACAAGCUAUCUAUUAUAAAAUUUAAAAAUAAAAUUGUUUAUUUUACAAAAUUAUUCUUUCAACAAAUAAAUAUAUCUGUUGAUACAUUUUUGAUUCAAAAUAAACGUUCCUUAUUUAAUUCAGAAGUGCAAAAAGAAGAACAAAAAUUUGUUAAAUUAGAAACGACCAAUAAUUUGAGUUAUAAUAAAAAUGGAAGUGAUAAUGAAUUGAUCUAUGAAUCGAAUGAAAAAAAUAAAAAGGAAUUAUUAAAUGGGGGAGGAGCUGUCAAAGGGAUGAAUUCGAAUGACAUAUUGAUUGAUAAUAAUAAUAAUAUUGAAAGUGAUAAUAAUAAUAUUGAAAGUGAUAAUAAUAAUAUAGAAAGUGAUGAUAAUAAAAUAUAUCUAUUAAGCGAUAUAUCCAGCGAAAUUUCUGAUGACAAUAAAAAUGUAAAAAGCCCUACAAAUGAAGAACAACAUUAUAUUAAAAAAAAUUUAUGUGAAUUAAAAAAAUGUUUUAUAAGUUUAGAAAAUAAAAUUGAAAGGAAUAUAAAUACAACAAAAAAAAUUAAAAAAAACAAGAAUAAUGUACUUAAUUUAAAAAUGAAGAAAAAUUUAAAUAAUUUUAUAAACAAUAUAGACAAUUAUUAUAGUUUUGAAGAUAUGUCAAAUAAUUAUAGUAAUGAAAUAAAAAAUAUUUUAAAUAUACAAUGUUUAAAUGCUAAUACAAAUCAAAAAAAAAGAUGGAUAUAUAUACUUAAACAUUUCUUAACAAAAAAAUUAAAUAUAUCUAUAUUAAAUGAUUUAAAUAAUAUAACAUUUUUUUCAAAUAUAUUUAAAAAUUCGGUAAAUUUUGAAAAUAUAAAUAAUAAAAGUGAUGUUAUAUUAGAAUAUAAUAAUAGUAGAGAAAUCGUAGACGAGUUGAGAAAUGCAUUAUUAUAUAUGUCAAAGAAAUAUUUAGAACACGAAAGAAUCAAAAAUGUGGAAGAGAAUAAUAUGGAAGAAAAUAAUAUGGAUAAUAAAAGGAUAAAUAUUACAUAUAAUAAUAAUUAUAAUAAUAAUAAUUAUAGUGAUAAUAAAAAUUUUGGACCACUAUCAAAAUGGAAGAUCGAACAGAUUGAUGAGGAGGUAGUAAAUUUUGAAAAUAAUUUAAAAAAAUAUAUCAAAGAUAAAAGAAUAUAUAGUAUUGAUUUUAUUGAUGAAAUGAAUAAGAUUCUCAAUGAAAAUGAAAAGAAAAAUUAUAAAAUUUUAUAUUUAAUAAUAUAUAUAAAAUCUAUUAAUAUACAUAAAGAUAUGCAAAAUGAAGAUAUCUUAUAUUAUCUUUUCAAUUCUAUAAAUAUGGAAUAUUUUAAAUUAAGAAAUGAAAUGUAUAUAUUAUAUGAACAUUUUAAAUUAUAUUAUUUUUUAAUAGGACAUAAUAUAUUAUUAUAUAAAAAGAAAAGAAAUGAAUAUGAUAUAAGUUUUAUACAAAUAAAAUUUUCAACAUUUGAAAAGUUUUUAUAUCAAUGUAAUAUUAUGAAGACAUGUUUAUUACAAUAUCUAAGUAUUUUUUAUGAAGAAUUAUUAAAAGUAGAUAUAUUUAAAAAUAUAUUAUUUUGUUUAUAUCAAAUUAUAUAUAUAAUAUAUAAUUCUAACGAAUAUUUAAUGUUUAAAUAUUUUAAGAAUAUACAGAAUGUAUAUUGUUUACAAGAAUUUAAUAAAAUAAUAUCAUCAAGUAUCAAACUUAGUGUGAAUAAUUAUUUAUUAGAAUAUAUAUAUAAAUCAAUACAAUAUAUAUUAGACAAUAUAAAUAUUAUAUACAAUUUGAAUAUACCUGUAUAUAUAAAAGAACAAUUAUAUACUCACAUACAAAAUUUUGUUUUAUCUUUUGAAAAAAUAAAGAAGAAUUCUAUAUAUGUGAAGGAUAUAUUAGAAGAAAGAAUAAACAAAAAAAUUCAAAACAACACCCAAAAAAACAACAACAAAAAUAAUAAUAAUAAUAAUAAUAGUUGUAACAAUUUGGAUGGGGGGGAGAGUUAUUUUUUUGAUGAAAAUAUAAAAAAUAUGAAUAAACAUAUCUACAAAUUUAUUGAAAAUAUAAUAAAUGUCAAAUCUAUAAUAUGUAAAAAAGAAUAUCCAGAUUUUCAAGAAAAUAAAAAUAUUAGUGAUAUCUAUUGUAUAAAAAAUAUUUUAUAUUUUUAUUUAAAUACAAAUGAUAUAAUUACAUUAUUAUAUAAUAAAAAUAUGCCUAAUAAUUGUUACAAUGAGAAUAAUUUGAGAAGGAAUAAAUAUGUGGAUAUAUUUUUUUAUCUAAGUAAAAAUUUAUUUUAUUUUUUUAAAUAUAUAUUCCUUUAUUUUUCAGAUAUUUAUAUUGGUUUCUCAAAUAUAUCUUUGUAUUUCUUAAAGGUAUUAAAAGUUUUAUAUACAAAAGGAUUAUGUAAAGAUGUCGAUCAUAAAAAUAAUGAAGAAGAAAACAUACAAGCUGAUAAUCAAAAUGAAAAGAAAGAACAAGAAAAGUUCCAUAAAAUUGAUUUUCUUAAGGGUAUAGGAUUAGGAGAAGGAAAAGGUAUAAGAAAUAUUGUAGAUCAAGUUGAUAAUGAAGAUAUUGAUAAUAUUUGUGAUGAAAAUGAAGAAAUAUUUAAUAGUGAUGAUGAAGAAAAUUUUAAUGAAGAAGCUAUUGAAUCAACAUAUAAUUUUCAAAAAUUUUGUGAAAAAGAAUUUAAAGAUAUUAAUAAUUGUGAUAAUAAUGAAAAAAAAUUAGAAAAUGAAAAAGAUAAUAUAAAUAUGGAUCCACAAAAACAAAAUGAAAAUGAUCAAAAAAAAAGUCAUACGAAUGAUCAGGAGCAAAAUAUUAACAAUAAUAAUGAUGAUAUAAAUCACAAAAAUGAAGAAAAUGAUCUAACAAAUAUAGAUGAUGUAUUUGAAAGAAAUAAAAGUGACACCUUUAAUAUUACUCAUGAUAAUAUUACAAAGGAUAUUAAUGAAAAUAAUAAGAAAAAUGAUAAUGGAAAUGAAGAGGACAACACGAAUGAUAAUAAUAAUGACCAUCAGAAUCAAAAUAAUAGUGAUGACCAUCAGAAUCAAAAUAAUAGUGAUGACCAUCAGAAUCAAAAUAAUAGUGAUGACCAUCAAAAUCAAAAUAAUAGUGAUGACCAUCAGAAUCAAAUUAAUAGUGAUAACCUUCAGAAUCAAAUUAAUAAUGAUGAUGAAUAUAAUAUGAAUGAUAUAGAACCAUUGGAAGAAAAUAAUAAUGAGGAUGCCAUAAAUUAUGAUGAUGAAAAUAAUAAAAAUAAAAUAAAUUUCGAUAAUUUAACAAGCCAAUUAGAUAACGAUAAAUUCGAUGAAACAUAUGAUAAAUUUAAUGAUAUUAAUGAUAACGAUAGUUAUAAUUUUGAUUCAAGUUUUGAAAUUGAAUCUAGUGAUUUCUCCAAAAAUUUUAGUGACAAAUCUUUCUCAGAUAAUGAUGAAGGAGAAAAAGAAGAUAACAAUAUCGCUGGCCAAGAUAAUCAAAAAUAUCAAGAGGACUCUAAAAAUGAAAAUAAAGAGAAACAUGAUAAAAAUGAUGAUGAUCUUUCGCUUGAUGAUAAUAAUAUGUUAAAGGAGAAUUGUGAACAGCAAAUAUCGGAAGGUAGCAUAAAUUAUGAGGAUGAACUAUUUGAAGAAGAGUAUAAAGACAAUGUUGAAAAAAAUGAAGAUAAAAAAGAGGAGGAUAAUUUACACAUUGUUAAUGAGAAGAGUGAUGAUAAUAAUGGUGAUGAUGAUAAUAAUAAUGAUGAUAAUUAUUAUGGUGAUGAUGAUAAUAAUGGUGAUAAUUAUUAUGGUGAUGAUGAUAAUAAUAAUAAUGAUAAUAAUAAUAAUGAUAAUAAUAAUAAUGAUGAUGAAAAAGAUAAACCACAGACUUGUAACGACUUAUUCAUGGAUGAACAAACAAGUCAACAUGAUAAUAAGGUAAAUAACCAAAAAGAUAAUAAAAAUAUAGAAGAAGAAAUAUCUUAUGGUGACAAAAAACAGGAUGAAAAAAAUAAGGCUGAAAAUGGAAUAGCAGAUAAUAUAUAUGACAAUGAGAAUUUAAAUAAUGAUGAGGGCAUGAAAAAUUUGAAACAAAAUAACAUUAAUAUAAAUACACAAAAAAACGAAAGAGAUGGAAACAAAAAUAUGGAAGGUGAACAAAAAUUAAAUGGAGGUGAUAAUAAUGAGAAUCUACAAGAUGAUCAAUCUAAUAUAAAUGAUUUUUCAUUUACGAUUAAUAAAUGUAAUAUGUAUAUGGAAAAGAUAAAUGACAUAUCGAAAUUUUUAGAUAAAAUACAGGAGCGUUUACAUAAUAUGGAUGAUAAUAAUGUGGACACUGACAAUAUGGAUGAUAAAAAUGUAAAUGAUAAAAAUGUAAAUGAUAAAAAUAUGAAUGAUAAAAAUAUAAAUGAUGACAAUAUGGAUGAUAAUAAUAUAAAUGAUGAAAAUACAAAUAAUAAUAAUCCAAAUAAUAAUCUUCCAAAUAAUAAUAAUCCAAAUAAUAAUAAUCCAAAUAAUAAUAAUCCAAAUAAUAAUAAUCCAAAUAAUAAUAAUCCAAAUAAUAAUCCUACAAAUGAUUGUGCUAUGAAUUUGCAAGAUUCAAAUUUAGAUGAUGAAGAUAAUAAUAGAAGACAAGAAAAAACCAAAAAUGAAGAGGUGAAUAAUGUUAUUUCUAUUGAAGAUAGAGAAAUGAAGAAAAAUAUAAUUAACCAUUUUGAUAAUGAUGAUGAUAAAGAAGAAUCUGAUAAUAUGGAAGAGAAAGAAAAGAAAAACUCUAGAAGAAAUGAUAAUAAAGAUGAAAUGUUAAAUGUAGAUUAUGAUAACAUAAAAGAUGAAGAAAAUGUAAAUAAUGUAGAUUAUGAUAACGUGAAAGAUGAAGAAUAUGAUAAGAAUGAUAUAUUAAAAGAUAGUUAUAAUAAAGUUCAUGGAAAUAAUAAAAUAUUUGAGAAUAAUAUUGAAGAAGAAAAAGAAGAUGAUGAAGAAGAAGAAUAUAUCAAUAUGAAUGUGAUGAAAGAUGGGGUAAAAACUAAUUAUAUAGAACAUAUAAAUAAUAAUGAAGGAUAUGAAGAUAUAUAUGAAAAAAUAAAUAAUGAGACAGAAAUAUUAUCUAGUCAAUUAUGUGAAGAACUUAAAAUGAUAUUAGAACCAACAAUUCGAAAUAAAUAUGAAGGAGAUUAUAAAACAGGAAAAAAAUUGAAUAUAAAAAAAUUAGUAAAUUAUUUUGCUAGUGAUUUUAGAAAUAAUAAAAUAUGGAAAAGAAAAACAAAAUUAGAUAAAAGAGAUUAUAAUAUUAUUAUAGCUAUAGAUAAUACAAAAAGUAUGAAAAUAAAUAAUAUUCAAAAAACAACAUUAAGUACUAUCUUUUUAGUUGCUAAAGCAUUUGAAAAAUUAAAUGUAGGAAAAAUUUCUAUAUGUUCUUUUGGAGAAAGUGAAAAAAUUAAUUCAAAUAAUAUUGUAUGUUCAAUGACAAAUAAUUUAAAUAAACAAGAUUUUUUAAAAAUCUUAAAUCAUUUUCAAUUUAGUUAUGAUACAGAGAAUUCAUUUGAUAAUGCUAUGUUAAAUGCAUUAAAAAUAUGUAAUUAUAUAUUUAAAAAUACAUAUAAUAAUAAACAUAAUAUUAUUAAUAAUUUAAUGCUUAUAAUAAGUGAUGGAAGAUUUAAUAAAAAUUCUGUAAAAUCUGAAAUAUCCAAAUGUAUACAAAAUAAUUUUAUUCCUAUUCUUAUGAUUAUUGAUACACCACCAUCAAAUCAUAACAACAAUAAUAAUAAAAAUAGUAGUAAUAAUAAUAAUAAUAAUAAUAUUAAAACACAAUCCAUUUUUGAUUUAAAACAAACUUUUUAUAAAAAUAAUAAAUUACAAAUCGUUCCUUAUCUUUAUGAUUUCCCUUUUCCAUAUUUUGUUGUUGUUAAUGAUAUAAAUAAUAUACCUUCAUUAACAUGUGACAUUAUCAGGCAAUGGUUUGAAAUAUUAAACAACAAAUAA